AUGUUUUAUUUUGCUGCAUUACUAGCUUUCGCUCUCUCUCAAUCUGCUACAGCCCUUCCAUAUCCGGUCAUCCAGUUCAACAAUGCUAGCCUCGCUCGUCUUCCCGUCGCCAAGACCGUUGCCGCAUCGAGUGCGCUUCACCUUGUUACCAGCGAUCGCGCGCGAACGGCGCGCCUGAAGGCGAUGGGCAUGGCGGCAGCUACUGGGACGCCCUUCACGGAGGGUACGCUGGAGAGCGUUCCUGCUGUAAACCAGGCGGUCACAUAUACUGUGAACGUCAGCGUCGGCGAGCCCGCCACCGUCUUCAGCUUGAUUGUCGACUCUGGGAGUAGCAACACUUGGGUUGGUGCUGGCACCCCGUACGAGCCGACUAGCACUAGCGAAAACACUGGAGAGAUAGUGGAAGUGCAAUAUGGAUCUGGCCUGUUCCUCGGCGAGGAGUUCACUGACACCGUGACUCUCGGAAACAACCUCACUGUCGCUAACCACUCCAUCGGAGUGGCGACAGAAUCCACAGGAUUCAACGGUGUCGAUGGUAUUCUCGGGAUCGGUCCAGUAGCCCUCACUGCGGGUACAUUGUCUCCAGAUACUGCGGACACAAUCCCUACUUUCACGGACAACCUCUUCAGCGCUGGCCUCAUUGCUGAUAAUCUCGUUGCCGUCUCAUUCGAACCGACCACGACCCUGGACGCCACGAACGGCGAGCUCACCUUCGGCGGUACAGACCCAACCAAGUAUAACGGCAACAUCACAUAUGCUCCUAUCACUUCUACUGCACCGUCGAGCUCAUUCUGGGGCAUUGACCAGACGGUAUCUUACGGCAACCAGACGAUCCUCCCUCUCACUGCCGGCAUUGUGGAUACCGGAACGACACUUGUUCUCAUUGCAACCGACGCCUUCGAUGCUUACCAGACGGCCACUGGUGCUACCCUUGACGAGACCACUGGUCUUUUGACAAUCACGGAAGAUCAGCUUGACGAUCUUCAAAGCCUCUACUUCGACAUCGCUGGCACCACCUUUGAGCUUGUCCCCAAUGCGCAGAUAUGGCCUCGCGCGCUGAACACCGCUAUUGGCGGCACGAGCGACGGUAUCUACCUCAUUGUUAGCGAUCUCGGCACCCCGUCCGGGCAAGGCUUAGACUUCAUCAACGGCCAGUCGUUCUUGGAGAGGUUUUACGCUGUAUUCGACACCACGAACGAGCAGGUCGGCAUCGCAACGACCGACUUUACGACCGCAACGAGCAACUGA